AUGGACAAAGCUACUGCCGUAGGACAUCGCACCGUUGUUAAGCUUUUGCACAUCGACAGGAAGGGGCGACCUUCCAUGCCAUCGACUACACAGCAGCCGCGGGCCCAUCUCGUUAUGGUCCAUUUCCGUUACGACCGUCGGACACAAGGCCCCACAACUGUGGUGAUGACGUGGGCUGCCAUGAAUGAUAACCUCGACGUCGUGAAGUACCUCCACGACCACCGAAGGCUACACCGACAAGACCGCGGAUUUUGCACAGCGCGAGGAGGGCACAUGGACGUCGCCCAGUUUCUCGACACCCGUCGAGCAGAAGGGGACACGACCCACACCGAGGGUUAUACGACCAAUGCCAUGGGGUGGGCUGUAACCAAUGGCCGUUUGGAUGUGUCGACGUAUUUCCAUCAACGAAGGGCCGAAGGGUUCCGUCGUGGCGCUGGAUUGAGCGGCGCGAAUGGAAAUUUAGAAUGUGUGCAGUUCCUACAUCGCUAUCGCGCCGAAGGCUGCACCACGUAUGCCAUGGAGGCGGCUCGACAUGGACAUUUCCACGUUAUGCAGUUUCUCUCGGAGCAGGCGCAAUGCGCCGGCGGGAGGACAUUGUAA